UGUCACACAACUCGUCGAAUUGGUUUGCUGUUUUUUCUCGCUCUCACACUGAAAUACGUGCGAUUGAAUACAUUUGAGAAUUGUUUCGUUUAAUUUUUCUGUCUGAAUCCAUAUCAAAAAGUCAGUUUAUGUUUCUCGUUGGUUUUAAAAGUUUUGUGUCAACGUUUCGAUUGAAAAAAUAAAUAAAUUCAGUUUGCUGGUCGUUGAUAUUUCAGAGUUUUUUUCACUAUCGCCCUCUCGAAGGCAUUACGAACAUGAAAUUUUGAACAUGACAGUUGCUUUGGGCGAUGAAUAACAACAACAACAACAAAGCUUGCAUUUCAUUUUUCACACAUAGCCAAAAAUACCGACAAUUAGCAACAACAACAACAAGAGGCAACAGCCAGUGACGCAUUUAAAAGAAGAGAAUAUAUAUUGGGCUUAUCAGCUGUAGUUAGAAGAAAAAAAAAACGAAACGAAAGGACAAAUUGCAAAUAUGUCAAACGAUAAGGAAGUUAAUGUAGAUAAUGAGAAUGAAAACGUUGAAGUUGAGUCUAGCUACCAGCCGCCACCACAAAAAACGAUCGAAGAAAUCGUAGCCGCCGAUCAAGAAGACGAAAGUUUGCGUAAAUACAAGGAAGCACUAUUGGGAGCCGCUCAAUCUGAAAAAAUUAUAGUCGAUGCAACUGAUCCACGUAAAGUAAUUGUGAAGAAGCUGGCACUGUGUGUGCCCGGUCGAGAUGACAUGGAAUUGGACUUGACGGGCGAUAUAACCAAAUUGAAGAAGCAAGUAUUCACAAUUAAAGAAGGUGUUCAAUAUAAAAUUCGCAUUGAUUUCGUGGUGCAACGUGAAAUCGUACAUGGCUUGAAAUACGUGCAAAAGACUUAUCGAUUGAUGGUGCCAGUUGAUAAAAUGACACAUAUGGUCGGCUCAUAUCCACCAAAAACGGAAGUGCAAAGCUACACAACACCAUUUGAAGAAGCGCCAAGCGGAAUGAUCACCCGUGGUACAUAUUCAGUUACUUCACUUUUCACCGACGACGAUAAAAAUGAGCAUCUCAAAUGGGACUGGAAAUUCGAAAUCAAAGAGGAUUGGUAAACAAUUUGAAGAUGAAUAUGUCGUAUCGUCGUAUAUAGCUUUUGUCAAAAAUGCCAAGAAAAAACGUGAGGCAUUUGUUUCAGAAGCUGAAAAGCUAUUCAACUAGAAUUCCGCUACUUAAUAUGAUAUAAAUAAUUAAUUUUAUGAUUAAGCCAUUUGAAUGAACAACAAGCAGAAGAGAAAAAGAAAACAGUACGAACAACAAAACAGUAACAAAAACAAUAUCAGCAAACAGAAGAGAUCAGAGAUAAAAAUUAAUAACUAAAAUGAAAAGCAACUAAGUAUUAUAUUGUAAAAUUGUAAUUGAACAAAUCGAAAUGAACAAAAUGGACGGCUUGCCAUUUUCAGCAAUGUUUAGCUCUAAAAAUGGUUAAAGCGCGUGACCGCCGGCGCUUUUCAACGCACUUUUCCAUGGGAAAAUAAUUCUUCCGAUUUAACAAACCAAAAAAAAAUAUGAAAUGUCGAUAUCUAUAAAAUGAAGAACAAUUUUUUUUUGAAGAAUGUAACUAAACAAAAAUCAAUUAUAUUGUGUAAUAAUAUUGCCUUUAAUAUCGCUUAAAACAAUCAAAUAUUGCUCUAAAAUUCAUAUUUCAAUCGACUCAUUGUACUUUUCAUUUAUUUUUGUGUCUUCUAAAAUUAACAUUAACGUUCUCUUUUUUUCUUUUGAUAAGUCAACCAUUUUACAAGUAGUGGUACGAACAAACAACUAAAAUGAUUUAUUAUUGUCAAUGAUAUAGAUAUUUUUGUUUUGACAGUGCAUGCAUCCAAGAUUUAAAUAAAUAAAAUGCAUGAUGAAAAGAAGCCAACAAAUAAAUUACAUGCAAUAGGAGAUCCUUAUGAUAGUUUGUAGCUUCAUUGUCGAAUUAAAAAUUAAUUAUAAUAAUAAUGAUAACAAGGCAA